AAACGCUGUUGAAUAUGCCGAUAAUAUGGGGUUCCACUACACUAAGACCUCUCACUCUUCCAUUCCAAUGGUACAGUAGCAGCUGCGGAAUGCACUAUAUUACACGGACACCUGCUGUCAGUGUUGUCUGUGUAGACAUUUGCCUGCAUGGGCAUCUGCUGAGGAGACUGACAGAAAUGAUUGAUGUUUAAAAUAAAUAUAUUUCACCUAGCCCUGUGAAAACAAUCCGUUUUAGUUCUUGUUUUGUAGAUGGUACAUAGUCAAUGUACUUGUUGGAAGUGCAUAGUCAAUUUACUGUCAUUGUUGGUCCAUGGGAAAAAGCUAUUCCAAUCUUGUUUGCUAUUCCUCCAGUCAUUUGGUGUCUGUCUUGACAAUUCUCAGGUGUUGAGAUGUGGGAAGUACAAAGACGUCACAGAAUGCGGGGCCUUUCCAUGGAAGUCAGGGCACAUCAUUUUGACACGGAGUAAGUGUAACCGACGUCAGUGUGCUGCUAACAGUUCCUCCACUUCCUCCACUGUCCCUGUCCCCAUACUGGGCUCCAACCAGUAAUCAUCUGCUUCGCAACACAAGUGACCACCCUCCUUGACAACAUGCAAAUGAGAUGAGCUAUACAAAAGCGCGCUACCCCAGCCGUUGAGCUGAGGCCAACUGCCGAUCCAGGUCUAAUGGCACCAGUGUAACCGACAUCAGUGUGCUGCUAAUAGUUUAGCUUCCUCCACUGUCCCUGUCCCCAUACCGGACUUGAACCAGUGAUCCUCUGCUUCGCAACACACGUGACCACCCUCCUUGGCAACAUGCAAACGGAUUGAGAUAUACAAAAGAUGGAUUUGAACUCCAGAAACACUGUGACUGCGGAGAGACAGACCUUCUAUUGUGUCCCUAUUCCAGGAGAGAGCCCUUGGGCUAAAGAGAUAUCCUUUCCAUCUGCUGUGCUCCAUGGCAACAGAGACUCCAAAUGGCAGGAGACGGAAGCCUCCUCCAGCCAGACGACGGCCGCCUCAGACUGUUCCUCCCAUCUGGACAUCAACCUCCCCCUGCCAGCGGAGAGGGGGUCUAUGAGGACUUGGACUGCUUCAAAUUGAACGACACCCUGGAGGUCUAUGGGAUUAUCUCCGUCAACCCAGUCCUGAGUUUGCUGGGUGAAGAAAAAGACCCCACAGAGAGAAUGGCGACUCCAGAGGAACAGAGAGCCCACGACCCCCCUGCUUCACUAGUUUUCCGUCUCCACAUGCUCUGCCCCCUGCAACACAACAACCCUCUACUGCCCUCUACUCCCACGGAGGACCAAAGCGCCUGUGUGCGGAACAUCACAGCUCUGGGGAACCUGAUCUCCUGGCAGAAGGUUGAUUAUGACUUCAACUACCACCAGAUGGAAUUCCCCUGCAAUAUUAACGUGCUCGUCACGUCAGAAGGCCGAUCGCUGCUGCCGUCGGACUGCCAGGUGCCCCUACAGCCCCAGGUGACCCCACCCAACAUGGAGGAGUACCUCACUACCAUCCACAUGGCACAGCUGACAUCACAAUUAAACAAGUUCCGGGUAUACCUGAGUGUGCCGCAAACCCUCGACUACAGCAUCUCUGAUGAGGUCACCAAGAUAAAGGCUGCUUUGGAUUGUCUGCUUUCCAAACCUGGCCAUUGUUAUGAACCUAGAUGCCGUGCUGAAAGCAAUAUUGAAUAGUUAAAACAAACACCUUGAUUGAGCUUAAAUCGUGGUAAGGUAUCGGGUUUCAAAACCUGUAAUGGUUAGUGUCCACGCCCUCUAUUUUCUAAAGAAACUGUACAUGUGCCUAUUUUUGUUGAUUCUUAUUCAGUUGCCUUGUUAUUGUGUUCCACAGGCAGUUGAGGAUUACUUUGUUGACAUGCGCAAAUAUGACCCCCAGUGCGUCACCGCAGAGGACCUGCAUAGGAUGGUUGUUGUCGCAAGGUUCCUCUCCUUAAGUUUGGGACAGGCCACCCUUAUGGAUGGAUGAGAGCCAAGCACAUAGACAUGCUUCGCAGGAGCAGGACUGAACAACAGAAUAGUCUCAAUAGCAACGAGCCUUAAACACCAACACCUGCCCGGUAUGGGAAUAAAAAGAUUGUGGAACAAAUAUUUUUCAUUUUGAUACCAGAAGAGCUAGUUCUUGAAAAGUUCAACUUAAUAAAAGGUAUGUAACAAAAUAGUUAGUUCUCUUUGUAAAGCACUGGGAUUUUCUCAUUUUUUGCAUCUGUGUUGGGAGAUCAGGAUAAGCUUUUUAUUAAUUGUCAUAUUUGCAAUUUCUUGAUACAAUACAAAUCCUGGCAAAAAAAGUAGCAGGUCUAAUUGUACUGUGGGAUGUUCCUCAGUGCUUUGUAGAUAUAGUUUGCUGCCUUAACCUGCAUUGAAAUACUGUUUACAUGUGGGAUUCCCGUCCUGGGAAGUUUGAACUAAUACAAAAUAAUUUGCAAAGCUUAUGAUUACUUUUCUUCCCUUACUCGAGACCAAAUUUUCUAGUUUUUAUAACAUGUUGUGGAUCUGGUAUUCAAAGUAUAUGUAAAUAGUGCAUUUUGAGAUCAGCAUUUAUAUAAUACAUUUGUCCUCCUUGUAUGCCUGAUAAAGUUCUUAGGAGUCAGUACAUUGAUCAUGAUUUGAUGAAUGUUCUUCCCAAAAUGUCAAGAAAUUAAUUUAUUGCUUAUGGGAUAAGUUUGUGAAUGAGAAUUGAAAGGUUUUCUGCACUCGUUUUGUACUCUUAUUAAAAUAUGGUCAGCUUGACAUUUACUUUUGGCAUCUGGGCUACUAUUUUAUUAAAGGCCCAGUGCAGU